UGUGUCCAAAAUUUGCAGCAUCAACUAUGAUGCAUCCUCAGUCUUACAUUUUGUAGCCUUCACGGUCAAAAUGUAGUUUUAAUUGUCUGUCUUACCAAGAGUCAAAAACCCAAAUAUGUUCACUGUCAUAGAAAACUGGGAAACUAGCAAAUAUCCACAUUUGACAGGUUGAUACCAGGAAAUUUUAGCUAAUUAAAUAAAUAAUCAAUUAUCAGAAUUAUGGAACUUGAGAGAGAAACAGAGAGAGAGAGUAGUCCUGUUUUUGGAGUCAAUCCUCCCAUUAAUGACUGCCUCCUCCAUGGGCGCCUGGCGGGCCCCACCCUCCGUCUGGCCCCGCCCCUCCCUGUCUACAGGAGGAGUGAUGAAAAGGUGCGUCUCUCGCUCAGCUUUAAGACGGCUCAAGUCAAACUUCGCCUCCGAAACGAUCUAAACUGGUUCUGUGUGGAGAGCGGGGAACUUUCUUCAGAUAACAAAACAAUAAAGGAAUAACUAUAUUUCUCUUCAUGGAAAUAUUUUGAAAUUUUCUGGAUAAGCUCUAGAGAGACAGGUUGUCUGAGCCUCCAGAGUCUUCUUUGUGACAAUGAGUUGGGGGGCGCUCUAUGCCCAGCUGGGCGGUGUCAACAAGCACUCCACCAGUCUGGGAAAGAUUUGGCUUUCUGUCCUUUUCAUCUUCCGCAUCACUAUACUGGUUCUGGCUGCUGAGAGCGUCUGGGGGGAUGAACAGUCAGACUUCACAUGCAACACACAGCAGCCUGGUUGCAAGAACGUCUGCUACGAUCACUUCUUUCCCGUGUCACACAUCCGCUUGUGGUGCCUGCAGCUGAUAUUUGUAUCCACACCAGCUCUGCUUGUAGCCAUGCAUGUCGCCUACAGAAAACGCGGUGAUAAGAGGACCAUGCUGGCCUCGAACGGCACAGAAAAGAUGACGGAUACUGACCUGGAGACACUGAAGAAGAGGCGUCUGCCAAUCACAGGCCCACUGUGGUGGACCUACACCUGCAGUUUGUUCUUCCGGCUCAUCUUUGAGGGUGGGUUCAUGUAUGCGCUGUACUUUGUCUAUGACGGGUUCCAGAUGCCCCGGCUGGUGAAGUGCGAGCAGUGGCCCUGCCCCAACAAGGUGGACUGUUUCAUCUCCAGGCCAACAGAGAAGACAGUCUUCACAAUCUUCAUGGUGUCCUCAUCAGCCAUCUGCAUGGUGCUGAAUGUGGCUGAGUUGGGUUACCUCAUCGUCAAGGCACUGUUGAGGUGCACAGCCAGGUCAAACCAAAGGAAACACCCUUACACCCACACAGACAGUGUGACACGGGAUAACGCCCUUCUGCAGAAUAAGAAGAAUGAGAUGCUGCUGUCUUCCUCCACAGAUUCAUCCAGCAACAAGACCAUGUGUUGAAGAGCAGCCAUCAUCAAAUUAUCAACUGUAAAUCCAACUACCCAUAGUGGUCAUAGAUUGUGCCUACAGUUGGAUAAUUAGGCUUUUAAUGUGAGCAUCUACCAGAAAUGUCUCAUGGGAAGGUGGAGUAGCUUUUAAGCAGAUUUUAGACUCUAGGAACUUAAAAUUACCACAAUAGAAAUUAGUAAACAGACAGACAGUGUCAUGUGUUGUUGGAGUGGCUACUACCUUCUACAUUCAUUUGAAGGGAAGUCACUGUAUUAAUAUGCAUAUUUGCUCUGUAUUUCUACAUGUGGUUUAAAAUUUGCCGUCAGACAGUCACACAUUCUUCCCUAAUGCAAAGUUAUAGACCAGACAACUAUUAAUACAGUGGAUGGUUGAUAAUGUUGGAUGUUGGAGGUUUUAAGUUAUUGUUCACAAUCUGAUGUUUUCUUGAAGGAGUGACUGAUCAGGUUUUAACCCAGAGGAAGAAUGAGUCUACACUGCCAUCUGGUGGUGGGAGUGGAAAAUCCUACAAGCACAAACGACCUUCUUCAAAGCCUGAAUGAGUUACCAAGUGUUAAAGAAGAGGAGAGAGAGCAAAUGAAGUGAUGAAAAAGUGAAGGAGGAAAAAAAAAAGGUCUAAGUGCCUUUGCGAUUAUAUUAAGUGUGUAGUUUACGAGAGCUGACAUUUGAUUUAAAAUGUUAAAUUCACAUUUUACAGUAAUUGAUGAAAGCAGAUGAGUUUUUAAUGAUCCUGCUGUGUUAAAUCAAGUGACUAUUUGAAAAUUUGUAGUUAAAUGACUUGCUAUAAAUAAUAAUUGAGAUUUUUUCAUUUUUGUGUGUUCAUAAUUACUGAGGUGUUUCGCACAAGAUAAGACAAUGCUGAUAAAGAAUUUAUAUUACAUUGUAAAAUUUUAGUGGUUUAAUAGUUCUGAUGCUCUUUGCUGUUCAAUCAAAUCAGAAUGUCUUCCAUCUUUUACUUGAACUGAAAGUGUUUGAAAGUGACGUGUUUUCUUUUAUGUGAGUAAGAGAGAAAUGGCUUAAACAUGCUAAGAAUGUCUUUAGACUGUACAACAUGUUUUUAUCAAUCAGUCAUAAGCCUCCCUGACAAAUUAUACUGCAUUAAUGUGAAAUAUUUUCUUUGAACUGAAAUUGCAGAGUUGAUCUGGAUAUCAAAGCUUUAAAAAAAGAAACAAAAUGAAAUGACAGAGAAAUAUUAAUUCAGAAAUACUGAGUGGUGUUAAAUCAUACAGAACAUUAUUAUUCAUUCCAGUCAAGAUUCUUGAGUUUUGCCAAGUGAUUCACAGAUGUGAAAGAAUUAACAUUUGAUUCAAUAUUUUUGCAUUUCAUCCUGCUUUUAUACACUGAUUAGAAGUUGUCCUGCUUAGUCCAGAACUGCUCCUGUGUUAUUUUGGACUUGUGUUAUUGUCGCGGUGUGUGCUGACCCCAGCUGACUGUAUCAACUUUCAGGAUGUGCCUUAUUUUAGCCACAAUACUAAUCACUGCUCACCUUCUUAAUGUGAGGAACCAGGGCUGAAAGUGAAAAUGUUUUUGUCCUCUCUCUAUCUCCAGGAAUACCUGGGUUGGGCUGAGUCUGGUUAAUCACCUUAUGUGAACAGAGAAUAGCAUUUUGACUGGAAAGGGGUACAUGAAGCAGUCAGGACAGUUGAUUAGAUGUGUCAAUCCCGAAAUUAUGAGGAGAAAACUAGACAAACCCUUUAUUGAUCUGUGGAGUUUUUGAGUGGGUGGAAAAAGUAUUGACCAAAGAUCAAAAAAAAAAAAAAAAAAAGCCAAGUCAUGCAUCAUCACAGCAACACCCUGGAGGCCUCUGUAUGCAGUUUUUGGAGAAAAAAAUUUUUUUAAAAUAUAUUUUGUGUGUCAGUUCUGCAUUGAUGUUUGACCUCUUGUUUUCUGUAAAAGCCUAAUGACAUUUUGGCCAUGUGUGACGGACAUUGUGACAAGAGGACGAGCUUGAUCAUUCCAGUCCCAAGAUGUUUUUUUGUUGUGAACAUUUUUCUUUUUGGUUUUAGUAGUCUGCUUUUAACAGCACACUGCCUUUUUCAGCAAGAAGAAAUUAAAUAUUUGUGAUUGUGUUUUGUAACUAAGAUGUUUAUUAUUACACUCGCACUUUGAUUCUUGAAGUCUUCUUGCUCUUUAAGACUUUUUUUUUUUUUAAAUAAAUUAGUAAAAUC